UCAGUCUGGUUUGAACUGACUUGGAAGGCAGGGCCUGGGGUAGGUCGUUCAGAGAAAGUGGCUGGACGUCCGUUUUCUUUUCUCUUUUGUCCAUGGUUGUGAGCGAAGCGCAGGGCGCCAGUGUUUGGCACCUAGGGGAACCGAGGAGGGGUGGUUUGUGUCAUUGUCACUCUCACCCGAUCUUUGCCAUCACCUGUUUUUUGGUGAGGAGCUGCUGUAAGUUGUGUAGAAGAUGUCAGCGCUCUAGUUGAAGUAGUUCCGAGAAUGGAGUGGCGGUUGUGAUGAGUUUUAUACGCGAGAGAGAGUGAGGAUGAGGGAGGGAACACGCCAGCAAUGGCUUGAGUGGAGAAGUCUUCAUAAAGGAAGGUGGAAUCUGGCAUGUUGAAAAAAGGGGAUACAGCUCUGGCCUAAUUAUACUGUAUAGGCCCUGAUGGAUUUAAAGGGGGGUCAGCACAGAGUCCAGAAGUUGUUUGCUCUGUGCCUACAGAAAGGAGGGAUCAGUGCAGAAGUGUAUUUAUUUUUCGGUUAACUAAUAAUUGGCUCUGCCCGCAGAGAUACUUAGAGACCUGCUAUGAGGUCUCAGUGUUGACAUCCUAAUGCUGGCGGGAGGGUAUUAGGAAGUUGGGGAGGGCAUAUGGGAGGUGCUUAGGGCUUGAGGAUGGAGGGUAGUGAGAAUGGUGCCUUUAAAAAGGAGGCUCCAGAGAGCUGCCUUGUUCCCACUAUCAUGUGAAGGAAGACAGAGCAAGAACACUGGCGGUGAUCCACAGGAAGAGGGACGUUGUCAGAAAGUGACCAUGCUGGUGCCUUAAUCUUGAACUCCCCAACCUCCAGAAACUGUGAGAAAUAAGCUUCUGUUAUUUCCAAGCUACUCAGUCUGGGGUAUUUUGUUACAGCAACCCCAACGGACUAAGAUAAAGCCAGUCAGGAGAAGCAAAAUGACACGCUGGGGAAAAGCUCAGGAAAUGCAUAAUGUUUUAAACUUUCUUGGAGACCAUUGGUCCAGGGAACAGAAAAAAAUCAUUGUUACUUGGUAUGGCUCUAGAGGAUCCUGAUAGAAGCCAUGGUUUCAACCACCGCACCAGUGACAUUUUGGGACAAAUAAUUCUUCACUGUGGGUGCUAUCUUGUGAAUUAUGUACUUAGCUGUGCUUCAUGGCAGAAACAGGAUAAAGUGUGCACACUCCAUCUCCAUCCAUUCUCCUUACUUCUUAGUCUGGGGUUCCUCCAGAAUCCAAGAAGGACAUUUCCCUCACCUCUCUGCAAAGGUAAUAAUUUCAAGAUGCCAGGGCGUUCCAGUUCAAAUUCAGGUUCAACUGGUUUCAUAUCAUUCAGCGGUGUAGAAUCUGCUCUCUCCUCCUUGAGAAACUUCCAGUCCUGUAUCAACUCUGGAAUGGAUACCGCUUCUAGUGUUGCUUUGGAUCUUGUGGAAACUCAGACUGAAGUGAGUAGUGAAUACAGUAUGGACAAGGCAAUGAUUGAAUUUGCUAUGAUGGAUCGGGAACUAAACCAUUAUGUAAAGGCUGUUCAGUCUGCGAUAAAUCAUGUAAAAGAAGAACGUCCAGAAAAAAUACCAGAUCUAAAAUUAUUAGUGGAGAAGAAAUUUUUGGCUUUACAGAAUAAGAAUUCUGAUGCAGAUUUUCAAAAUAAUGAAAAAUUUGUACAAUUUAAGCAACAACUGAAAGACCUGAAGAAGCAGUAUGGUCUUCAAGCAGACAGAGAAGCUGAUGGAAUAGAAGGAGUUGAUGAAGAUAUGAUUGUGACCCAAAGUCAGACCAACUUCAUCUGCCCCAUUACACAGCUGGAAAUGAAGAAGCCUGUGAAAAAUAAAGUCUGUGGCCACACCUAUGAAGAGGAAGCCAUUGUUCGCAUGAUUGAGUCCAAGCACAGGCGGAAGAAAAAGGCCUGUUGCCCUAAAAUUGGCUGUAGCCACACAGAUGUGAGAAUGUCUGACCUCAUCCUGGAUGAAGCUCUCCGGAGGGCUAUUGAGAGCCACAAGAAAAAACGUCAAGCAGAGUAGGACGAAGCCUCCUGCCCGCAGGGACGUCUGCAGCCUACCUCCUACCCCGGCCACCUGUAGCGAGCGCGCUUAUCCCAGCAGCCUGACUGGCUGCCUAGCAUACUUUGGGGUAAACCUUGAGGGUUUUAAGCAUAACGGAAAGCAUUUUUCUAUGUUCCAACAGAAUUUCAAGCAGAUUAUAUUGUUUAUUUUUAAGUGUUCUAUAACUUUAAAUAAAACUUUGAUGCUUCACAGUGCGUGCUGCCUUGCGCCUCCAGGCCCAGCGUUCCCGCGGUGCAGGCUUCUCUGUUUCUAUGACUUCAAACUGUUUUCUCUUAAGGUUUUACCUAAACAAUAUCUUUCAGGGGUUGUUUGAAGUAGAAGCACAUAGAAACACCCCAAUGGCUAACAUUUUCUAUCAGGAUAAUAAUAGUGUAAAUAAUACAUAGUUGUAAAGCAGUACUAGUUGACUGACCUAUAUUUAUUCUGAAUAUUGACAGUUCCAAAAAUGUAAAUGCUUUUAUAUGCUACCCUGACUGGCACAGAAUGUGCCGGUAAGUGACUUCUCAGCGCAUAAUGGAAACUUGACUGGAGCCUUGUCCCAGCUGCCUUUCACUGUGCCUCUCUGCAGGUGUCUUCAGCCCCUCGGGCCCUGGGGUCUUCAGCCAUGAAAUAAAGAUGUUGCGCAAAAUGCUGUCUGAUGUCCCUUCAGUCUUGAAAGUUGAAAAGAAUAAAUAAAGUUGAAAAGCUCAGGACCUUUACAUGGAAUAUCUUUGUUCUGUUCUA